AUGUCGGUCAUUGCAAAGUAUGCUCUAGAUUACGGGCUUUCUCCGAGAAUCUUUGUUGCUGCGCGUCUGGUUAUUGCAUUUUCAAUUCUAUCACCCCUUGCUUUAGUAUUUGAGAGGCCACUAUUGGAGCAAAACUUGUACUAUACAGGCAUGCAGCUCACAACGCCCACUUUCACUUCCGGAAUGUUCAACCUACUCCCGGCCAUUACAUUUGUGAUGGCCUGUAUAUUCAGGUUGGAGAAAGUGGCUAUUCACAGUCAUCGAGGAAAAGCAAAAGUUCUUGGAACGUGUGUGGCGGUUGCUGGAGCAAUGCUGAUGACAUUUUGGAGAGGCCAGGUGAUUCCAUUGCCAUGGAACAGCUUGCUGCACGCAAAGAAGAUCCACAGACAUGAUGAGGACAUCCUAAGAGGAGGGCUUAUGCUAGUGUGCAGCUGCUUGAGUUGGAGCUUCUAUGUUAUUCUUCAGAGAAAUAAACUUAAAGCCUUGAAACUUCAUCCAAAUGUGACAGUGUUGGAUGUUUCUCAGCAACAACGGUUUACGUUGUUGGGUGGAUGGCACAGAAGAAGGGUGAGUAUCUUCAAUCCAAUCAAUCUGAUUGCCACGGCGGUCAUUAGCUCGGUUGUACUCUCUGAGCAGAUGUUUGUCGGGAGGAUAAUUGGAGCUUUCGUGAUUAUCAUUGGCAUCUCUUUUGUUCUUUGGGGAAAAAUGGGAGAACAAACCACGCCGCCGCCGCCACCUCCACCUCCAGAGCCUGAGGCAACUGAGAAAGAGAUGAAGAUUGUUAGAGAUGGAAGACCAUUUGUAGAGGAAUAA